CAAAAGAUUGGAGAUUUGUGAGAAAAAAAAAACAAGCAUUCGUUCAGUUACGAAUCGGCGUUAUACAAUUAGUGGGGACAAUUCCGACGGCAGGAGAUGUUUGAGAAGAGCAGAGCCGGCAGCGGAAAAGAUAAUUCACGCGGAACGAUGGAUUAUUCCGUACGACACGCGCGUCGAUUGCUGAGACUGCUGGGUGUUUGGGCGCUGGUGGGGAGGCCGGCCUCGUUAUCCAACUUCGAAAUAAUAAUGGGCAAAAUAGUGCGACCGAUAGCCCUAUUUUAUUCGAUAUUAGCACUAUUCCCGAUGUUCGCCGAAGUAAUAGCUCAACGAGCUCCUCGCCAAGAAUUGAUAUCUUUGGUCGCGCCUCUCGCUUAUCAAACCUUCAAUGUGAUAAAAUUCUUUUUCCUUCUUUUACGGGCAGACGCUAUUAAAAUGUCUAUACAACAUAUGGAGAUCGAUUGGCAGAAUAUCGACAACGAUGAGGAUCGUGCGAUUAUGAUUACACAUUUACAAACUGCCAAUGAUUUCGCGAUAUUAAUGACAAUCAUGGUAUACGUGGGCGGAUCAUUGCAUAAUUUGAUUUUGCCGACCCUCGCGGACCCCCAUCUCAACGAAUUGAACGAGACAGUCCGAGUACUUUGUUUUCCUGGCGGCGAUAUUUUCUUCAACGUUCAAGCCAAGGGCGUAUAUGAGCUCGUCAGCGUGACCUAUUGGAUUUCAGACAUGUUCGUUGUCACCAUCAGUAUGUCACUAUUUACCCUUGCACUCAUUCUCGUACGCCACACCUGCGGACAAAUUCAAAUAGUCGUAUCAAAACUAUCGAAUCUCGCUCAUCGUGAACGAGAGCUCCCACUUCUAAUGGAUAAACCGAGCGGCGUUGCUUUUAUUAUUCGCAGUCACGUCAGAUUACUCAAAUUCUCCAUCGAAAUCAAAGAUAUCCUCAAGGAAAUCAUUGCCAUGGAAGUGAUGUGUAACACGUUAAUUCUGUGUUUUCUUGGAUAUGUCAGCAUAACGGACUUUGAUCAAAGUGACCACUUGGAAAUUUUCACUUAUGGCAUGCUAAUAUUCGUAAUUACAUUCACCAUAUUCGUGUAUUGCGAAAUCGGCGAAAUACUCAAAGAACAGUGUCAAAGUGUGGGAGAAACGGCUUAUAUGAUCGAUUGGUACAAAUUACCCGCAAAAACAAGUCUCGCCAUGAUAAUGAUAAUGAAUGUGAGCAGUGCCCGGCCUCGCCAAUUAACAGCUGGAGGUAUUAUGGAAAUGUCUAGGAUUACCUUCGCAAGCAUUAUGAAAACUUCGUUCGCGUAUUUAAAUAUGUUGAGAUCAGUUGCAUGA